AUGGUCCAGCUUGCCACUCUCUCCAUUGCCGUUCUGGCUUCGCUUGCCCCUUUAGCUGCCGCAAACAAUUGCAAGACUGGCCUCAACUACUGCGGUUUUGUCCUCACUAGCAUCGGCAAUUACGACUCUCAAAUUACUGUGGCUUUGCAAGCCGCAAACCAACCCACCGAUGAUCUUCACUUUCGCGAAUCUCUCUUCCAUUGCAAUGGAGGCGGUAAUGGCGAUAUUUCGUUCUCGACCUAUUGUGAUGGCGGUUGCCAGGAUGGCGGUUCUGGACACAGUGACUACUGUUAA